GCCUGGCGUCGUCCGCUAGCUUACUCGAGAGGAUUGUUGACAUUUUCCGGAGCGGCUCGCCGUCAGAGCCCCGCCAGCUAGCCGUGCGUCUCUUCCCCUCCCCCAGCAGGAUGUUAGGAUGGAGUGUGGCCCAUUUCUGCCGGAUAUCGUGGUGUUGGAGAUCUUCCUCCGCCUGCCCCAUGAUGCCGUGCUGAGAGCCGGGCUGACCUGCCGCCAGUGGCUGGCUGUUUCCAGAGAUGAGUUCCUAUGGCGGGAGCUGUUCUACUCCUAUUACCGCAUCCCCCGCUGCGUACCCCGACACCCAGCGUCCGUGUCGUGGUACCGGGAGUUCAAGCGUCUGUUUGACUGCAUCCCGUGUGUGGAGGUUCAAACGCUGAGGGAGCACAGCGAUCAAGUCCUGCACUUGGCCUUCUCUCACCGUGGUCACCGCUUCUCCUCGUGCUCCAAAGACUGCACUGUCAAGCUGUGGGACACGGAGCGUGCAGACGGCAACAUCUCGCUGGUGCACAGUUCCAGCAUGCGGCAGUUUAACUGGGGCUACACCCAGUUCUCCCAGUUCAAUGCGGAUGACAGCCUGCUGCUGUUGUCCGGCGUCUACUUGGGCCCACACCACUCCUCCUCAGGGGAGAUCGCCGUCCUCAGUCUGGAGAACUACACGCUGUUGUCGAGGGUGAGGAACAAGCCCUACGACGUGUUUGGCUGCUGGCUCAACGAGACCCACCUCAUCUCUGGUAACCUGCACUGGAUCGGCAACAUGACGUCCUGCUCCGUGCUCUGGCUCAAUAAAGCCUUCCAGGAUAUCGAAUCCGAGAACGUCAACGUGGUAAAGCGCCUUUUCAGGAUCCAGAACAUCAACGCCAGCACCAUCCGCACCGUCAUGGUGGCCCACUGCCGGCGCCACGACAACCCCGACCUGCUGCUGGACUACGACGCUCAGUCUCAGGCCCGUAGGCUGAAAGGACAGCAGCAGCAGCAGCAGCACCAUCCGCUCCUCUUUGACUUGGGAACAUCCGGCAGCGACGACGACGACGACGACGAGGAGCAGGACGUGAUGUACCCGAGAGCCACCGCCCGCCCCCCUACUAAAGCUGCCCUCUCCAGCCUGGAGCACGCUAAGCAGCGUCAGAAGAACGUCGAGCCCAGCCAGUUGGCUAUCGAGACCCAUGUGGCUAAGAUGAUGGGCCGCGCCCACACCAAGGCGCCGGAAUCGAACAUCAUCGAGCCUGGCGAGGGAGAGGACAAGACCUACUUAUUGUUUACCACCGGCAGCCUUACAUACUCCCCUCACCAGAUAGGCAUUAAGAGGAUCAAGCCGGACCAGAUGACCACUUCCGGACCUGUACUCGGAGAAGAGCGCAGCUCAGACGAGUUCUUUGAUUCGCUCGACCACGUCAUUGAUAUACACGGACACAUCAUUGGGAUGGGCCUCUCUCCUGACCACCGGUAUCUCUACGUUAACAGUCGGGCAUGGCCGGCGGGCUGCAUCAUCUCGGACCCCAUGUCGCCGCCCCCCAUCGCCGAGGAGAUCGACCUGCACGUCAUCGACCUGAAGAGCCUGCGGGAGGAGAGGCGGAGUCUGCGCGCCCACCGAGCCUUCACGCCCAACGACGAGUGCUUCUUCAUCUUCUUGGACGUCAGCAAGGACUUUGUCGCCAGCGGCGCGGAGGACAAGCACGGCUACAUCUGGGACCGCCACUACAACAUCUGCCUGGCGCGGCUGGCGCACGACGACGUGGUCAACUCGGUGGCGUUCAGCCCCGCCGACCAGGAGCUGCUGCUGUCGGCCAGCGACGACGCCACCAUCAAGGUGUGGCGCUCGCCCCGCAUGGCGCGCCUGGCGCACGGCGCCACGCGGCCGCCCCGGCCCCGCAGCCUCCUGGCGUCGUGGCUCAGCCGCAGCAGGAACGCUUCGGGCGACGGCCUCAACGGGAAGCCAUGAGUGCUGCCAAAGGACAUGAAUACACUCCAUGCAAGUGUACUACUGUAAUACUUCUACUACUACUACUGAUACUGCAUUGUUUCAGUCUUUCAUUUGCCGCUACUUGAGUUGUUGGCCACUAGAGGUCGCCAUUGUGCAAGCAAUGCACAGCACAGGCUGUUGACAGCUGUAAUACAUUUUAAACAA